CCUGCGCGGUGUUCGAGGGGGGACAUUUUAUCUGUGGGACGUUUUCCGGUCUAGCUGUCUGACUUCCGGUGGCCGUUUUGUGACUUCCUUUCAGAUGUUGUCUAACGUCUUUAUUCCAUGGCCAACAUGUCAUUAAUAAAGACACUUCGAUGGUUUACCUGUUUGAGGUCCCCCCUGCAAAGUGUUCCUCUGCGGCUAAACUCCAACAGAGCUUCAGUCGCCCGCUGCAACCGACACAAACAUGAACAUAUGUACUCCGUGAUGCUGGUGAGGACUGACGGCUCCACCAUCAACGUCAGAUACAAAGAACCCAGGCGCAUCCUCACGAUGCCAGUGGAUUUGUCCUCUUUGUCUGAGGAAGAACGUCGCCGUCGCCAGAAAAAGCGAGAAGUGAAGAAAGUGGUUGAAGAGACGACGAUCCACUACGAGGACGACUUCCAGGCGGAUAAAUACAGACAGUUCUGGACGAAGAAAUGAAAAUGAAAGAAGAAUCUUCAUCUGUCAAUAUUUGUUUUUGUCUCAUUCUUCCAAAUGAUUCAAUAUGGAUGACAUUGCUGUUUGGUUUGUCAGGAUAAUAAAACCAAAUAUUUCAUUGUCA